AAACAAACCAUUUGUGUGUUUUUUUUUGGUUUUACCAUGACCUGUGACACAACUGCGGCCUUGGUGGCCCACAUGUGUGAUGUCGUGCAGUUCUACAUGCUACCGGAGCUGAAAGAAGAUCUGGACAACGUUCAGCUGGCUCCGUCCCAAUUUGAAAGUUAUCAUGUCUUGCUAGCUAACGAAUUGCCGAAAUUCUACGAUCUGGUGCAGGAAUUCCUUCAGAAGACCAAUAAUGCUGGACACGAAGAGCUGAGGGCUCAAAUUGUGAUGCUUCUUUGCGAGCUGACAGCUGCUCCUACCGUUUACCAACUUAAUGAUGGGAGUGGUAACUUGCUGCGAAAUGCCAAUAAAUUGGGAAGGAAACUCUCGGAUACGUGGGGGGAAUCAAUGGACGCGCACAUACUUAAAAACUACGAGAAAAAGCUGCAAAAGAACUGUUGGAAGCGACAGCUUGGCGCCGUGCAUGGGUUUGCCAGAUAUCUAGAGCUCCGUUAUACGAAGGACGACAAAAUGACCACCCAGAUGCUGGCCUUCAGCUUGUCGGUCGGACUCAAUGUGCGAGAGUGCUACGACUUUGUCUAUAAGCAACUCGGUGUGCAGAUCUUUUCAAUAAUGCUGAAGCACGGCGACCUUAAGGACAUUCAGGAAUUGAAUAUCCACAGCGUGAUCUAUGAUCAUGCGCUUAGAGAUGCCUUCAGCAUGGACUCGAUUGAAGCUGUGACUGCCAUAUGGAAUUGUCUGUACCUCUGUCUGGAUCACUUCAUUGAUCUGGAUGCCUUUACGUGGAACCAAUGCGAUGAUAUGCUGGACCGGCUCCUUCAAAAUGUGACAAUGUCAUCAAAAGCCAACAACUCCAUAUGCCUGCUUCAGUUUAUAACACGUCUUGGCUACUACUUCACCAUCAAUCGAGGCGAGAUCGAAGCCGCUCUGGCCACGGAUCUUACACGAGCGGAUCAACUGGAUGCCUGCCAGGAAGUGUGCUCCUCGAUCAACUCUAGCACCAGUUAUCGUUGGGCCAAGAGCAUUCUGCAAAUGCUCGUCUUGGAGUCGGAGAAACUGCUGCAAGGCCCUGAGGUUUGCGCAGAGCUACUCGGCCAGAUGCAGCGCUGCUAUCUGGUCUGCAUCCUGCCCAUUCCACUUCAGGCUCUGCAUGUUCAUUUGCCCGAGUUCUACACAAAAUUCGUGGCUGUGCUCCUAGAGUGCAUGGUGACCCAUAAGAUGGCACCGACAGUUCAGAAGCUGGUGCAGCGCUUUACAGAAAUAUUCAGCUUCCAGCUUAAGAACUGCUCGCUCCAUCAGCUACCCAGCGACCUGGAGGAGUAUGUGAAGGCAUUGAAGUCCCUACAACAAACCAUUUCUAAAUAAAAACGAAAAUUUAACUGA